GAGGAGUGUAAUAGGUGGAGGAAACAAGAGGGGUAAAAAACGGGUAGCGGCAGAGUAGAGGAGGACAUCCCGUCAAUGAUAAACACUCCCAUGGAUGCGGCCAACUUCGGACUACCUGAAAGACUCGAAACUAAAAUGUUUUCACUUAUUUAGCGUUUGUUUUUCUGCUCCUUGUGCACGAAGCAGCCGGCUAAGGGAGGAGAUGCGGUGAUAUCAUGAGCAAAACCGGCCAGCGAGAAAGAAAGGAAAGACAGAGAAGAAGAAGAGAGAGGGAGGGGGAGCAGGGGAAGAGGAGAGGCGGGGAGUCGGCUACCACCAGGCCAGCUGAGGAUGCUUGUUGUUUCUAGAAGCGGGAUUAAUCACCGGGUUGAGCGCUGAUCCUUCCCCCGGCGCACCGAGCGCACCUCUCCACGCUGCAGCUGUCCCGAGCCAGCACGCCUUUCGGCCGUCUGGCCCGGUCUGCCCCCGAGGCUGUUUGCCUUUUUGAUGCUCUUCCCCCUCUUCCUCUAUUUCCUGAUGCAGGGCCGGGGAGGGGGCGAGCCAAAGUGUGCACCGGAUAUUGGAAAACCCAUUCUUCUUGCUGAUGCUGUUUGUGAUAAUAGAUUGUUAUCUGGGCAACGCCGCAUCUACACAGAAAGGCAGAUUGUGACCAAAUGAGGCCCGACUUGACAGGAAGAGGGGAAUGUACGGGCUCGGGAGGAUUAUGAAAACAUUUUUUUUGGACGGCAACAGAAGAACGGGGGUCCCUGAUAUCGAUCAGGGCAUUCUGGCUUCGGAUAUUUGAGACUGCUCUUACAGAAAUCAAUCUGUGGCAAAUGUAGCCUUCCUGUCCAGGUCUGAAUGAGAUUUUUCGUUACUGCUGUACUCUUGGCCAGCUGCAUAAGCUAUAUAGGAUCAAUCAGCUUUAAACUACAGUUAUUUAUAGCAGGGGGGUGGGUUUAAUGUGACUGUUCGCACCUCUGUGGGCAUCUCCCAUCUCUGGUACCGGCCAAACCUCACACGUCCUCAUCUCUGAUCUUUUCCUACCUUUCCCUUGAAUGAUGCCGCUUCCUGUGCUUUGGUAACUGACUUGAAAGACUCUGGAUUUACAGAGUGGAAACAGGACCGGUUCUCACUCCUGACCGCAUGACAAACAAUUGCAUGGGAGUAGCCUGCGAGGCCCGGCUUUAGAUCACGACCAGUCCGCACCUCCUCUCUUCUCCUUUCCUCCUCUCUGCACCGCCGUAUAGCCGCCUGUAAUGUGCGUUACGGCAUUACGCACGGAGCAGGAGCGAGCGCUAUCUUGAUUUGCCUUAUAUCUGGAAUAGAAUUUCAUCUCGGGAAGGAUGAGCAGCAAAGAGCUGACGGUGGGCCAGUCCAGUCAGUUUGUGGGGCCUUACCGGCUGGAGAAGACCCUCGGGAAGGGACAGACAGGACUUGUGAAGUUGGGUGUCCACUGUAUAACAGGGCAGAAGGUGGCCAUAAAGAUCGUCAACAGAGAGAAGCUCUCUGAAUCGGUUCUAAUGAAGGUGGAGAGAGAAAUAGCUAUUCUUAAACUAAUAGAGCACCCUCAUGUUCUGAAGCUGCAUGAUGUCUAUGAAAAUAACAAAUACCUGUACCUUGUGUUGGAGCAUGUAUCUGGCGGAGAGUUAUUUGAUUACCUGGUGAAGAAGGGUAGGCUCACCCCCAAAGAGGCCAGGAAGUUCUUCAGACAAAUCAUCUCUGCCCUGGACUUCUGCCAUAGUCACUCCAUAUGUCACAGAGACCUUAAGCCGGAGAAUCUUCUCCUGGAUGAGAAGAACAACAUCAGGAUAGCAGACUUUGGCAUGGCCUCGCUACAAGUUGGGGAUAGUCUGCUGGAAACCAGCUGUGGAUCUCCCCACUAUGCUUGCCCAGAGGUCAUAAGGGGUGAGAAGUACGAUGGUCGUAGGGCGGAUGUUUGGAGUUGUGGAGUCAUUCUGUUUGCUCUCCUCGUGGGUGCCUUGCCUUUUGAUCAUGACAACCUGCGGCAGCUUCUAGAGAAAGUGAAAAGUGGAGUAUUCCACAUGCCACACUUUAUACCUCCUGACUGCCAAGCUUUGCUCAAAGGAAUGAUAGAAGUCAACUCUGACAAGAGACUAACGCUUGAAGCAAUACAGAAACACCCCUGGUACCUGGGCGGCCGGAACGAGCCCUGUCCAGAGCAGCCUCCCCCUCGCCGAGUGUGUAUGAAGAGGAUACUGUCCUUAACUGAGCUCGACCCUGAUGUCCUGGAAAGCAUGUACUCCCUAGGGUGCUUCAGAGAUCGGGUUAAACUCACACAGGACCUUACAAGUGAGGAGGAGAACCAGGAAAAGAUGAUCUACUACCUCCUGUUGGACAGGAAAGAGCGAUACCCCAGCUGUGAGGACGAGGAUCUGCCACCAAGAAAUGACAUAGACCCACCCAGGAAGCGUGUUGACUCCCCCAUGCUGAAUCGUUAUGGCCGCAGUCGCCCGGAGAGGAAGAGUUUAGAGGUCCUCAGUGUCACAGAGCAGGUUUCUCCCACCCCGCCUCGCAGGGCCCUGGACACUAAUGCAUACAGCCAGAGGUCUCGUUCAGUCAGUGGGGCCUCCACAGGUCUGUCCUCCAGUCCUCUUAGCAGUCCCAGGAGUCCGGUCUUCACUUUCAGCCAAUCAGAAGUCACCUCCACCUCCGCUUCCUCCUCCAAAGACCCCAAACCAGGAAGUGCCACCACCCCUCGACCUACCCGCCCGGCGCCUGACCCAAAAACCCAGACCUUGCCCUCAAAAGGCCCCGCAGAGCGGCCCCACCUUCAAACCAUGAAGUCCCUCCCACUCCAGACACCACGCUCCCCUUCCCCUUCGCCCUCCCCUAUACUCUCCCCCAUUCCACGCUUCUUCAACUUCCCGUCGCCAUCUGUCUUCAAGUCCAAGAACGUCCACUCGUCCUCUAACUCCUCUGCCACCCCUCCCCCUGUGUCGCAGGUCACACCGCAAGGCUCGCCGCUGCCCACCCCGCUGGGCACGCCUGUGCACCAACUCCAACACCCUUCCUCCACCACCCCUCCCUCCUCUUCCUCCUCGUCUUCUUCCUCCAGAGCGGACGGAGCCGGAGGGGCCUCGCUGUCGCUGACCCCGCCCUCCAGCCCGGGGGGCAGUGGUGGGAUGGCCGCCUCGGGCUCUGCUCACUGGAGAUCCAGGCUCAACUCAUUCAAGAACAACCUUCUGGGCUCUCCGCGCUUCCACAGGCGCAAACUACAAGUUCCUACAUCAGAGGAUAUGUCCAGCUUAACGCCAGAGUCCAGCCCAGAGCUGGUGAAGCGGUCCUGGUUUGGUAACUUCAUCACGCUGGAGAAAGAGGAGCAGAUCUUUGUCUUGAUCAGAGACAAGCCGCUCAGCUCUAUCAAGGCUGACAUCGUCCAAGCUUUUCUCUCCAUCCCAUCCCUCUGCCACAGUGUGGUGUCUCAGAAUAGUUUCCGGGCAGAAUACAAGUCCUCUGGUGGUCCUUCUGUCUUCCAGAAACCUGUCAAAUUCCAAGUAUUACUCCGUUCUUAUUACCUCCUCAGCUCUAACCGAAGUGUUUUGCAUGUUGUCAGUCAGUCUUGUAAGGAAUAA